AUGCAUCGUCUUUUUGCUGUGCUGGAGCCAUCUUUAACCGUCACAGAGCAAAACCUGGCAGACCGAGUUCGGUAUAUCUUGCGCUCAAAUAUAUUUGAUGUCGCCGAACUCGAACGGCUACGACGUGAGGCUGUUCCCUCGUCGGAUGAGAAUGCUGCGGCUGAGGAUGCGGCGCCACAAAUGGUAGAGCAACCCGCAAACGUAGAUGCCGUCGUGAAUACCCCAGUUGUGGUUGAUUCAAACGAUGAUGGAACAGUCGCCCAGGAACUGGAAUUAGAGCAUAUGAGGAGUACAUUGGAAGAGGCGAUUGUGGAAACGCGCAGUACGCCUCUCGAAAAUCGACCGCGACUUCCCCGCAUAGCCCUAAGCAAGCGGAAUCGGGCUGUCGUGAGGGCUCUGAACCCAAUGCUGGUGACCUAUUUGGAAGCCAGCCGGGACCUUUGCGAGACGGACUCAAUUCUUUUUGGCGCCGCGCUGGCAUUCUGCCGUAUCAUAGGCGCCAAGGUUUCCACGGCUGGACGCGCUACUGGCCAUAGUAGCGCUAUCCCAGCAUGGAGAAGAAGAAUUGAGGAACGUAUCGCAAAGGCUAGAGCUCUCAUCGGCAGACUGAUAUGCUUCAGAUCAGGCAACAACAGGCCAAGAAUUAUGUCUGGGAACACCCUUGUCUGUAUAAACGUAUUAAUAAUGGUGGUUAUUGUUUUCAAAGUCCGUGGCAAUGUUAAGAGAACCAUAUCUUUAGUGAUACCAUCAACACCCAUAGCAUUAGUGGAAAUAUUUUUCAAAAUUUCUGAUACUAAAUUUUCAUCCACUAAUUUUAAAGUGAAAACCGACGAAUUGAAACGGUUAGAUUAA